GAGGCGGGCUGGGGUGGGCGAGCGGGAGGGCCGGUGCUGGGCCGCUGGGACCCGGGACCUUUGAGGCGACGCCUGGCGUUCCCCGCCCCCUCGUUUAUGAAGCGCCUCCCGAAGCCGGGCCCUGGGAUGCGGCCCGGAAGUGACGGACUCGGGCCCCCUUCAGGGAGCGCACAGCCCGGGAUACGAGACGCUCCCGCUCACUGCCGAGUGUGACGAGGGCGGAGAAGGAGCCCGUGUAAUAGAGUCCAGCUCGGGGUCGCUGCUAAAUGGACUCCUGACAGCGGGCUGGAGGGAGGAAGGAACUGGAAUCCUGCUUAUCUAUGAAAUGCAGUUAACACAUCAGCUGGACCUAUUUCCGGAAUGCAGGGUGACCCUUCUGUUAUUUAAAGAUGUAAAAAAUGCUGGAGACUUGAGAAAAAAGGCCAUGGAAGGUGCUAUUGAUAGUUCAUUGAUAAACCCUACAGUGAUUGUCGAUCCAUUUCAGAUACUUGUGGCAGCAAACAAAGCAGUUCAUCUCUACAAACUAGGAAAAAUGAAGACAAGAACUCUAUCUACUGAAAUUAUUUUCAACCUGUCCCCAAAUAACAAUAUUUCAGAGGCUUUGAAAAAAUUCGGUAUCUCAGCAAAUGACACUUCAGUUCUAAUUGUUUACAUUGAAGAUGGAGAAAAACAAAUAGAUAAAGAAGACCUAAUAGCUAAGGUAGAAGGUCAGCAAGUUUCCCUGAAAAAUCUUCCUGAAAUAACAAAUAUUACAGAAGUUAAAAAGAUAUAUAAACUAUCUUCACAAGAAGAAAGGAUUGGGACAUUAUUGGAUGCUGUCAUUUGUAGAAUGUCAACAAAAGAUGUUUUGUGAAAUGUCAGAAACAUUAAAAAUGUUCAGCAUUUAUAAAAAAA